AUGGCAUGUGACGGAGAGGAUGGGCUGUUGGGAGUUGGCAUGGUCAAGACGCCGCUUGCUGACAUAAUGCCGCAAGUUUGCUUGGCGGUCGAAACCGGCGCUGGAAGAUUCCUCAUUAGCCUACGCCACUUUCUGCCACCUGCCGAAGCAUGUGACAACGUCCAGCUCGCCGACCACUCCUUCCCCAGACGAGACAUUGCGCCGGCGACGUCUGCAUUAGCCCGCUGUACUUAUGUCGUAAGGAAAAAGUCCUCCGCCCCUGGAAAAGAUGCGCCCGCUAAACAGGCCCUGCUCGCCGCUAACGUCCGCUGUUUCCUCUACUUCCCCGCAUGGCGCAUGGAGCUCUACGACGUAAGAUACUAUACAAAGUCGCAAGUCCCCACCCUGCUAUUCUCGCCUUCUCUCUUCCCGCAUCUGCUCUUGCCACUUCUGGCCGCCGCCGUCGCCUCCUUCCCUUACGGGCCAGCCAAGCACCUGACCUGGCCGUCGGCCGAGUACGAAUAA